AUGAUGGAUGAGAACCAUAAAGAUGAUAACAUCAUUCAUUAUGAUAAAGGGUCUUCUUUAUUUAUUUAUGAUAUAAACAGCGAUAAAGAAAAAGAUGAAGAAAAAAGAAUUUGUGAAAGUAAUAAAUAUAGUAAUAUUGAGAAAAAUAUUGUAAAUAAUAACAAAUUAGAAAAUAAUGUGGAUGAUGUGAAUAAUGAUGAUGUUUUAAAAUAUUAUAAUAUUGUAAAAAACAAUAAAAUAAAUGACGAGGUUUUACAACUUCAAAUUGAACAUUUAUUAAAUUUUAAUAAGAAAAGUGAAACAUAUGAAGAAAAACAAAAAAGGGUUAUGUUAGGUUAUUUAAAUGAUGAUGAUAUUGAUGAUAUGUUAUAUGACAAGAGCGACGAAGAAUUUCUUUUUAAUUUUAUAGAAGAUUUGAAUAAUUUUAAGAAUAUAUAUUUAAUAGAAAAAUAUGAGUCGAAUAUAAAAAAUGGUAUAAUAUAUUCUAUUAAUAAUGAAAAGAUAAUAUAUAAAGAAAGAAGAUUACCAGAUAUAAAUAAUAUGAAUAUAAAUAAUAUUUUGUAUUAUUAUUUUUAUUCUAAUCAAGAAUAUUUAAUGAAUAUAAAAAAUAGAAACAUUUAUACAUACGAUUCAUAUAUAUUUGAAAACGAUCAAAUGAAUGAUUUUUCAGAAGGUGAAAAAUAUGAAUCUUAUAGUGAUAGUCAGAGCACUAUAAGCGAUGAAGAUUUGUUACUAUUAAGAUAUGAUGAUAAUUCUGAAUAUGACGACGAGGCAAAAAUAUAUAUGAAUAAGAAAAGGAGAAAAAAUAAAAGAGAUCGGAAAAAAAACAAAAGGGGAAAAGGAAAUAAAAGGAAGAUGAUUCCUGUUGAAAAAAGAAGACACCAUAAUAACAUGUACGAUAAUAAUAAUAAUAAUUAUGAUGAUAAUUAUGAUGAUAAUUAUGGUGAUAAUUAUGAUGAUAAUUAUGGUGAUAAUUAUGGUGUUAAUUAUGGUGAUAAUUAUGAUGAUAAUUAUGGUGAUAAUUAUGGUGAUAAUUAUGGUGAUAAUUAUGAUGAUUAUAAAUCAAAUAAAUAUAAUGAUAAAAAAAAAAAAUAUAAUGAAAAACUUUUAAAAACAGCUGAACCAUCUAAAAUGAAUAAAGAAAUUGAAGCAAUGAUGAAUAAAGCUAAUAAUUGUUAUAUUAAUCAAAAUUUUAAUGAAUGUAUUAUACUUUUAGAAAAAGUUAUAAAAAAAUCUCCAUGUUUACAUGACCCUUUUCAUUUAUUAGGAUUAAUAUAUGAAAGAGAAUAUAAAAAUUUGAAGAAAGCUAUUAACUAUUAUUUAAUAGCAGCACAUUUAUCACAUGGAGAUUUUUUAUCUUGGUAUAAUAUUAUUGAUUUGUGUAAAAUAGAAAAAGAAUAUAAUGUAGUUAUAUAUUGUUUAUAUAAAGUAUUAAAAUUUUAUAAAAGGAAAAAAUAUAAAUGUAAAAAAAAUUAUACUGAAUAUGAUGAAAAUAAUAAAUGGCAAGAUAAUCAAAAUUUUAUUAGUAAUAAUAUAACGUAUGAUACUCUUAAUCCGUAUGAUAAUAUAUUAAAUAUGUGUGAUAAUGUGGUAUGUGGAAAUAAAGAAAUUAAUACCCACAACGAAAAUAAUAAUAUUGAUGGUAAUAAUAAUAAUGAUGGUAAUAAUAAUGAUGAUGGUAAUAAUAAUGAUGAUGGUAAUAAUAAUGAUGAUGGUAAUAAUAAUAAUGAUGGUAAUAAUAAUGAUGAUGGUAAUAAUAAUAAUGAUGGUAAUAAUAAUGUUCAUGGUAAUAAUAAUAAUGAUUGUAAUAAUAAUAAUGAUUGUAAUAAUAAUAAUGAUUGUAAUAAUAAUAAUGAUUGUAAUAAUAAUAAUGAUUGUAAUAAUAAUAAUGAUUGCAAUAAUAAUAAUGAUUGUAAUAAUAAAAAGAAUGAUUAUUCUUUGAAUAACCAGUUUGAUAAUUUUAUGAGACACAUAUAUUUUAAUUUAGCCUUUACAUAUAUUUUGUUAGAAGAUUAUAAGAACGCCUUAAAAAAUUUAUUCAUCUUGAAAAAUAAUAAUUAUUGUUCCUAUGAUCUUAUUAUAGAUAUAUAUAUAUGUAUUUGUUUAGUACACAUAAAUAACGCCAGUGAUUGUUAUAAUUUUUUAAAGAAUAUAUAUGUAUACAAUAUAUGUAAAAGAAAAAAAGAAGAAAAUUAUGCAUAUUUAUAUCAAGAAAAAGUUCUUAUAUGUUUUUUAAUGCAAACACAAAUAUUAAAUAAUAAAUAUGAUGAAUGUAUAUUUGUAUAUAAGACAUUAACAAAACAAAAUGAUUAUGUACACAUAGAUAUUUUUUUACAAUUUAUAAAAGCAGUUAUUAUGAGAGGUCACAUGGAAUCAUCUUAUUUAAUUCGAACGCAUUUUUUACAAAUAACAUUAGCAAGUUAUUACCUCUUUGAAGACAUUAUAUAUUCUUUAGGGGACACCUAUUAUUUAAAAAAUAUGUUUGAAGGAGCAAUAUAUUUUUAUACGCUUAUAUAUAAAAAGAGGAAGCAUACAUAUUUUAAAAAUAGUAGGAAUAUAAAGAAUGGACAUAAAACAAACUCAGGAAAUAAUAAAAUAAAUGAAUCUAUAAAUAAUUAUGUGGGUUUCAAUGUAAAUAAUAAUUCUCAGAAUAAUCAUACAUAUGGAUGGAAUACACAUUUGAUGACAAGUUUAAAAAAUGACAAUUCAACUAAACAUCCUAAUUUUCCUAAUAUUUAUUUAGAAAAUGAAGAAAUGAAUAAUAUGAUAUAUGAUCAAAUGGAUAGUAUUAUUUGGUUCGAUAAUAAAAUUAAUUUUAUACAAGUAAUUUAUAAACUUGUAAAAAGUUAUUAUUAUAUAGAGAAUUAUAUAAAAGCAGAAAAGAUCAUUUUGAAAAUAUUAAAUAAUGAACAUAUAGAAAAAAAUAAUAUUGAGAUAGAUUUAAAAACUUUAUAUAUUGAUAUAUUAUAUAAAUUAAAAAAAUAUAAUGAAUCAAUUAAUGUCUUAUUAAGUAUAAGAGAAAAAAAGUUAAGAUUUAUAUGUUCCAUUCCUAAACCCUUAAAUAAUAAAGAAAGAGAACUUUUGUUAUUAAAAAUUUUAAAUAAAAAAAAUAAAUUAUUAUUAUAUACACAACAUAAUAAUUAUAUAUUACAUAUAUUUUAUAUUUAUCAACAAAAUAAAAAUUAUAAUAGUACAAAUUAUCAAUAUGAUAAUUAUUUAUUAAAUAAAGAUAUUAACGAUAUUAUACAAAUUCAAAAAAAUAUAUGUUUCUGUUAUUUCUGUGUUAAAUAUAAUUUUGUAAUAUUAAACUAUAUAUAUCUAUAUAAUAUCUUUCAUAUAUUAUAUAAUAAAAAAAUCAACUCUUCCUCUUUUAUGAAAAAUAAACAGAUACUAUGGAACAUUUAUAAAUUUAGAAAAUAUUUACAAUAUCUUACCUCAUCCUUUUCUAUUCUUAAAAAGGGAAAAAAAGUUCUAUAUGAUUGGGAUAUUAUUCAUAAAAAUUUCCAAUCGAAAGAAACCAAAUUAUUUUAUAAAGGUGUUAUGAUAAUAGAUAUCAAAAAUUUUUUAUAUGAUAAUAAAAAGAAUGAUUCUUAUGAUGAUAUUAAUCGUUAUGAUGAUAUUAAUCGUUAUGAUGAUAUUAAUCGUUAUGAUGAUAUUAAUCGUUAUGAUGAUAUUAAUUGUUAUGAUAAGGGUCAUGUUAAUGUUUAUCAAAACAUAAGUGACAAUAAAAUCGAAGAGUAUAAAAAGAAAGAGGAUGGAGAAGAGCCUUUUCCAUGUGCACAGAAAUUAUCUAAUACAAGUCUUAUUAAUAAUAAUAAGGAUGAUCAUCACAUUAAUGAUAAAAAGAAUAACGUAAUUAUAGAAGAAUUUUAUAAAAAUAUUUACAAAUAUAAAUGCAAUAUAGAGUCUGAAAUAUUAAACAGCAAAAUAAUAAUGAAAUUUUAUAAAUUCAGUUAUAAUUUUUUUUAUUUAUUAUAUGAAAUGGAACGUGACUUCAAUAGAAUACAAACAUAUAUGGAAAAAGAAAAUUUUAACGUUCGAUCAAAAAAUAAUAAAAAGAAUAAUGUUGAAAUGAAUAAGAAAAAAAAUAAUGAAUAUGAUGAUCAUAAGAGGAAUGAAGAAGCAACAAGUUAUGGAAAGAAAAUUCUUAUGGAUAAAAUGGACGAUGAUGAUGAUGAUGAUAAUAAUGAUGAUGAUUAUUAUUAUGAUGACAAUUACUUUAAUGAUAAAUAUAGUGAUAAAGAAAAUGAUCAUGAUAAUUAUACACAUAUGAAUGUUCAUUUAGAAAAUAUUGAAAAAUCACUUAUCAACAAAACGAACACUAAAAAUAUGCAAAGAUUUAGACGAAUUUCAUUUUUACUUACAAAAAAAAGAUUAAAUUUUUUUUCUUUUGAAAGUUAUUUAGGUUUAUAUUUUAGCCUAUUAUUUCUUGAGGAAUGCUUUUUUUUAAUAAGUAUUAUGAAUUUAUAUGAAGAUUCUAUACAUAUUCUAAGUGUAUAUUUAAGAAAUAGGAAAUCUAAUAAAAUGAAAAGUUUAACAUACUUUAAAUCUAUUAAAAAUGAAUUCAAAAAAUAUCAUAUUAAUAAUAAUUUACUAAAUUUAAACUUUUAUUUUUUUAAUAAUGUAUAUACAAAUAAUAUAAGAAACGAAAUCAAAAAUGAAUAUUGUAAUUUAAAACGUAUAAACAAAUAUAUUGAUUGUAAAUAUUAUAUUUUCAGAAUAAACCUAUUAUUAAAUAAAUUAUAUAUUUCAGCUGGUAAUUAUGAUAAACAAAUUAAAUGUCUAAACGAUAUCUAUAUAUUUAAUAAAAAACAAAAAGAAGAGUAUAAAAUUUUAAAAUAUUAUAGUAAUAUAGUUUUAACAGGGAAAUUUUGUCAUGAUUUUUUAACAUCCAUAUCAAAAUCAAAAAAUAAAAAUAUUUUAAUUAGUUUUAGACUUUUUCUUGUUAGGUCUAUACAUUAUAAGAAAUCUAAUCCAUUUCUACUAUAUUUAAUAGGACACAUUUGUAAUAUCUCUUGUAUGAUCACUAAUGCUGUUCAUGAAUUUACGAGAGCAUAUACCUUUCUCUUAAAAAAUAGGAGGGAAAAUAAAGAAAAAUUGGAUAAUUUUAGGAAUCAGGACGUAAAAUGGAUGAAGAGGAAUAAACAUGAAAUGGUAAAUGAGGGGGAAGACCAAGAAGUGGACGAUGAUGAUGACAGUGAUGGGGAUGAUAACGAUGGAGAUGACAGUGAUGGGGAUGAUAACGAUGGAGAUGAUAGUGAUGGGGAUGAUAACGAUGGAGAUGAUAGUGAUUUGGAUGAUGAAAAAAAUGGUAGUGACGAAUUCUUAUAUGAUUAUCCAUAUAAUAGAAAUAUGCAACGAGAAAAACUUAUAACAGGUAGCCAAUUUGAUGAUGCUAAUAGUUAUGACAACAGUGACAAAGGAAACCAGGGAGAACAUGAUGAUAAUGAAGAUAGAUUUUUGUUUGCUGAUUUAAAAUUAAGUAGUAAUAAUAAUAAAGAAAAAGAUCAAGAAUAUGUAAACAGUUUUGAAAAUAUAUGUGAUAAUAUUAAUUUUUUAUUUAGCUUAACUGUUUCAUAUUUUAAUUAUUCAAGUUGUUUUCGAGUAGAAAAUAGGGAAUCAGUUAUUAUGACUUCCUUUUGUUUAUUAAAUGAAUAUAUAUAUAAAAGAUAUGAACAGAAAAUAUUAAAUAAGAAGAAAAAAUAUAAAAAAUAUUCACUUUUUUAUAAAAUCUAUAAAUAUAUAUAUUUAGCUGAAAUUUUAUAUAAUCUUGCUAGAGCCUUACACCAUUUAUCUUAUUAUAAUGAAUGUAUGAAAUUAUAUUUAACUGUUAUUGAUUUGAUAAAAGCAGCAGAUAAAGAAAUUCUUUGGGUUAUAAAAAGAAAUAAUUUAAAUAUUAAUGAAAGAUUUAUAUAUAAUUAUGUUAUUAAUAUGAACAAAUGUAUGUGUUUUACAUGUUUAAACUUUUCUUUUAGGAAUAACAAAUCAUGUUAUAAUAAACUUAUAAAUUAUUUUAUUAAUUUAAAUACCAAAUAUUCAAAUUUUUAUCUCCUCUUUUUUGAUAAAAAACAUCUUCUUUUCUCAGCGUCUUAUAACUUGAGUGUUAUUUUUAGAAAAUUCAAUCGUUUUGAGCAAGCCAAAUAUAUAUUAAAUAAUAUCAUCUGGGAUUAA